UGUUUGGUCAUUUACCUAAAAAAAAGGUUACUCGCUUUGUCUCUUGCAUCCAUAUAAAUAGCUCUGCCCUUUGCAUCCAUCAACACACGACACCUUCUGAAAUACUACUGUCCAAAACCCUAGUCCAAGAAAGAUAUAUAGACCCUUUCUUCUUUAUAGGAAUUGAUAUAUAUAGACAAAAAUAUCAUUAAGAAUGAUAGAGUUGGGAGAUGUUUACAAGGUGGUGGUGGCCAUGAUACCACUCUAUGUAGCUCUAUUUUUAGGUUAUGGUUCAGUGAAAUGGUGGCAUGUAUUCACACCGGAACAGUGCGAUGCGAUAAAUCGCUUAGUUUGCUAUUUCACCCUCCCUCUCCUCACCUUCGAGUUCACAUCUCAUGUCAAUCCAUUUGCAAUGAAUUAUCCAUUCCUCGGUGCCGAUGUUAUCUCGAAAUUCAUUAUUAUGAUAGUGAUUGCUUUUUGGGCUAAGUACAGUACCAAAGCAAGCAAUUCCUGGUCCAUAACAAGCUAUACUCUCUCUACUUUUAGUAAUACUUUGAUUUUAGGUGUGCCUCUCUUGAAGGCCAUGUAUGGUCAGAUGGGUGAAGACAUCAUUGUCCAAUCCUCGGUCAUGCAGUCUCUCAUCUGGCAGAUGAUCCUAUUGUUUGCGUUGGAGUUCAGACGGAGCGGGACGGACUUUGCUUCCAAGGAUUCAAGUGAACCAGAGAAAGAUUUGGAAGGUGACCAACACGUUGAGGAGACUACCGGGCCAUCUUUCUGGCAAAUGAUGAAGGUGGUUUCGCAGAAACUGGCUAAGAACCCUAAUAUAUAUGCUUGUGUUCUUGGUGUUGCUUGGUCUUUUCCAGCAAACAGGUGGGAUUUGAAGAUACCAAGCAUCAUUGAAGGAUCAAUAAUGAUCAUGGCAAGAGCUGGAACAGGCACUGCCAUGUUUAGUAUGGGAUUGUUCAUGGCAUUACAGAAGAAAGUGAUUGCUUGUGGCCCUCGUCUAACGGCGUUUGGGAUGGUUUUGAGGUUCAUUGUUGGACCUGCAACUACGGCAAUAGGUGCUUUUGCUGUAGGUUUGCGUGGCGAUCUCUUACGGGUCGUGAUCAUUCAGGCAGCAUUGCCCCAAGCCGUCGGCUCCUUCAUAUUCGCCAAAGAAUAUGGAUUGCAUACAGAAGUGAUCAGCACUGCGGUAAUCUUUGGGACAAUCGUAUCACUUCCGGUUUUAAUAUCUUAUUUCGCAAUUUUAGAGCUUUUACAUUGAUCCUUCCUUUGUUAUGCAUGCUUUGGGGCGGAAAGAUUCAGACUUCCGAAUAGCGGGACGAAAACCCGUUGACUUACUACUUGGCCACGCCCGAUUUCGAUUUCUAUUCCACACUAAUAAAGAUUAAUAUGGAGAGUUUUGUUAUCUGUAUUUUCUUGUAGCCAAGCUAAGCUGACGUCAAGACAGUUUGAAAUGUUGAUAAGCUCUUACUUUAUUAAUCUUUUUUUAUCAUAUGUUGAGGGACCUGUUACGUGUUUCAAUAAAUACUUUAAUAUCA